ACGUGGUAUAGCGAUUCAGCAAAACAACCAUACACAUUACAAUGAGCAAACCCAAAACCUUCUUGUCUUUUCUGAGGAAGGGAAACGGAGACUUUAAUGUCCGAAAGGGAUAGACAAGCACCGUUUGACAGUACUGAAGAGGGAGGGCGAAACUGCAACUGUUGUCAAGGAGACGGAUCUCCCACUGCUGAUUUGAGGAGAACUCUGGCAUAGCCUCUGCGACCUCCUCUACUGGCACUUAAAGGUCCCGGAGACCGGUCUCCCAAGUGUGCUGCCUUCACCGGUUUCCAGGACAACGAAACCAGCGAUUCCUCCUGUCGGUCCCCGACACGUCUGCGUAUUCCUGAGGUCCGCCUGAGGGACGUCUGGUGCUGGUAACUCAACCUAGGUGGCCCCAUGGAGGCCCCGGCGCCCCAGCCAGUGAAGCAGGAGAAUCUGUCGGUUGAGGCCCUGACGCUCGACUCCCCGUGGCACCGCUUCCGCCACUUCCACCUGGGCGAUGCAGCUGGGCCACGUGAGGCCCUGGGGCUGCUCCGGGCCCUGUGCCGGGACUGGCUCCAACCGGAAGUGCACACGAAGGAGCAGAUGCUGGAGCUUCUGGUGCUGGAGCAGUUCCUGAGCGCCCUCCCUGCAGACACCCAGGCGUGGGUGUGCAGCCGCCGGCCCCAGAGUGGAGAGGAGGCCGUGGCGCUGCUGGAGGAGCUCUGGGGCCCAGCAACCUCCCCAGAUCGGUCGACAGCAAUGAGGGCACCUCGGGAUAUGACAGAAGGCCCGGGGGGCAGUGUUGGAAAGGAAGAAAGUGGGGUAAUUCCCUUAGGAACCGGGGCCUCCUCCGAGACAGAGGUGCCCUCAACGGGGAACAGCGCGGCCAUGCGUCCGUACAAGCAGGAGCCAGGCAGCCCCCCACCAGCCCCGUUGGCACCUGUCCUCCCAGCAUUCCUGGCGGCCCCAGGCACCGUGUCGUGCCCGGAGUGUGGCAAGUCUCCCCUGAAGCCAGCGCAUCUGCUGCGCCACAGGCAAAGCCACUCCGGCGAGAAGCCGCACGCGUGCCCUGAGUGCGGCAAGGCAUUCCGGCGCAAGGAGCACCUGCGGCGCCACCGCGGCACGCACCCUGGCAGCCCGGGGCCUGCAUUGCGCCCCCUGCCCGCGCGCGAGAAGCCGCAUGCGUGCUGCGAGUGUGGCAAGACCUUCUACUGGCGUGAGCACCUGGUGCGCCACCGCAAAACACACUCUGGCGCGCGGCCCUUCGCCUGCUGGGAGUGUGGCAAGGGCUUCGGGAGGCGUGAGCAUGUGCUCCGUCACCAGCGCAUCCAUGGCCGGGCGGCCGCGGUAGCGCAAGGGACUUCAGCACCGGGUCCAGAGGGUGGCGGUGCCUUUCCACCUUGGGCUCUGGGGUAGCUGUGAUUCCAAACACCUGCUACAGGGCCUCAUCCCCUUAGGAUCUUCCCAACCCCAUUGCUUCUUCCCUUUCAGGUCUCACCCAUAUUCACUCCUUCCUCCCUUCUGGAGUUCUCAGCUUUCACCCACCCCUGCGAAAUACCCUCUGUCCCUCCCUCAUUCCAUCCCCUUUUCAUGGAGGAAAGACUUGCCCCAGGACACCCUUCACGUGGGAAAGGGGGCUCAGGGAAGGAGUAGAGCCCCCGCUCCUCCCACCUCCCAAGGAAGGUGAUCUUGAACCCUAGGACAGAGUCAGGGCCAAUGGAGAGAGGAGACCCAGACCGGAUCUGGUUCUUUCCACAGCCCAAAGGAAUGAAGUGGGGAGAGGUGCCCGAGAAAGCUUGUCACAGAUGGCAGGUCACCAGCAUCUGAGAGAGUAAUAAAGUGACUGACUCAGUGUGUACAGGAGUGCGCGACUCUCCGGUGUUGUGGGAACUGAGCAUCUGAGACACAGGGGACUUGGGGGCUCCACCUCAUACAUUGCAGGAAGAAAGACUAGACUUGGAAAGGCUGGCACCAGAUACACUCCCAUCCUGGUUGUCCUAGUUGUAUAGCUUCAGGUAGAUGGAACCCCUCCCCCUCUUUUUGGGGCAAUAGUUCCUGUUUCAUAUGUUGUGGUGCUUGUAAUGUUGCCUACCACCAUUGCUGAGUUAAUAAGUUAGUGAUUUGAGGCCACUCCUAGAUAUCUAAGUGCCAGCCAGCAGGUCUGGAAAACAUUUUACGGAGAAGACUCCAUUCUGGACUUGAGAAGGCAAGGGUUGCCCCUUGACAUGAGUUCUUCACAGUGACUUCUUCAGGAAGCAUUUCUUUGGGUACGUAGUCUGCUCCAAUCUGCUGUGGAGCAGGCUCUUUGGUUAGCACAGUCCUUGGACUGGCCCUGCUGGGGUCUCUGACCUCCUGCUCUGAGCCCCUGGGCUCUGCUUCCUCACCAGAACUCUAUAUUCUUGCCACACAAAGUGGAAGCGGGUAGAGGGGCCCCAGUGCUCUAUUUUUUGUUUUAAGAUAGAAACUUGCUGAAUCAAUCCAAGCUGACCUUGCGCUCAUUGUGUAAUCAAAGGUGACCACAAGUUUCUGAUUCUUCUGCCUCCAUCUCUCCAGUUUGAGGCUCAUAAGUGUGCACUAUGUCUGGGACCUUAAAAGGGAUGUGCCACCAUGCCCAAGUUUUA